AUGCCAGCCCCAGCACCAGACAACAACACUUUGAACAAUACUUUAGACAACACUUCAGUCGCUGGCGCCGGCGGCAGCAACGGAUCCGAUAUUCUGCAUCCAAUCACACUACGACCAUUUUCUGCGUACGAAUUGGAAAAAUAUGGAUUUGAGAAAUUGAGGGAAGAAAUUAAUACAAUUGGGACUACUAGUGGCACUGAAGGAGGAAGAAAAGAGGAGAAAAGAAAAGAAAUCGAACGACUAACAAACGAAACUGCCGCACUGAUCAAGCAGAAACUCGAGGAGCGAGAGACGAAAACGAGGGAAAUUGAACGCGAAAUGGAGGAAAAGGAAAAGACGAGGGAGGUUGAGAGGAAGGUGUUUAUGAAGAAGUUGGGUUCUGCUGGUGGUGGGAGAGAUAUAUGA